CUUAGACAGGGUUAUUAUUGGCCCAACAUGUACAAGGAUGCCACUCACUUUGUUCAGAGAUGCUUGAAAUGCCAGUUCUUUGCGCACCUGACUCACGAGCCUGCAGAAGAGCUCACUACUCUGGUAGCACCAUGGCCAUUUGCUCAGUGGGGAUUGGAUCUCUUGGGCCCAUUCGUGAAGGGGGUUGGUGGUGUAACCCACCUGAUUGUUGGUGUAUAUUAUUUCACAAAGUGGGUUGAAGCUCGGUCGUUAUCCAGUCUUACUUCCAAGAAGGUUGAAGACUUUGUUUUCAGCUCAAUCAUCUGCAGAUAUGGGAUCCCGAAUCAGAUUGUGGCUGAUAAUGGAACUCAAUUUAACUGCACCUCUUUUCGAGAUUUCUGUUCCAACUACGAGAUUAAACUACAGUUCACCUCGGUUUACCAUCCGAAAUCCAACGAAAUGGUCGAAUCUGUUAAGUGCAUCUUAGAAGGUAUAAAGCCGAGGCUGGAACAACACAAGGCCAAAUGGGCAGACGAGCUCAACAACGUCCUCUGGGCAUACAGAACUACGAGUCAAACUGCCACAGGUGAAACACCCUAUCAUCUGGCCUUUGGUACCGAAGCAGUCAUUCCUAUCGAGAUAGGAGUUCCAAGCUUCAGAGUCACCCAUUUCGAUGAAGGACGAAAUGGACAACUGCUUCGGGAGAACCUUGAUCUGCUUGAUGACGUUAGAGAAGAAGCACGACUUCGAACUCUACUAUACAAGCAGAAAAUAGCAAACUUCUACAACAAACGAGUUCGACCCCGAACAUUCAAAGUAGGAGACCUUGUUCUUAGGAAAGCAGGUCUGACGGGGUUUGAAACUCGAUUUGGCAAGUUGGCACCAAAUUGGGAAGACCCCUACACUGUCGCCGAAGUACCGCACCUAGGUGCUUAUAUCCUACGGGACACCGAAGGCAAACGGGUUCCCAGGGUAUGGAAUGUCAAUAAUUUGAAGAAAUUCUACCCUUAGCACACUUCUUUCCAAUGAACUUCGUCUUAUUUUCAUAAGCAUCGUCAUUUUUUCUAGCUCACUAUGUAUUCAAGCUCAAUUUACUUAUCUCAUUAAUGAAUUUCACUUCAUGUU